AUGUAUAGUAGUAUGAACACGAACAGGUUAAAUUUGCUGAGGAAGAGGGUGUUUUCUCCCACUGGCUUGUGUAUCGCAGUUAUUUCCGGCUAUAUGUACAUGUUGCUUGAGUACGUCAAGCUCGAGUACCGUGUUUACAGGGAGAAGCGGCAGAUUAUGGAGGACGACUCCGACCCUAACAAGCUGAACAUGAUUUUCGUGGACAACCUCGUCCAAAAACGGAAGUAG